GCUGAUCAGAAAUUUCUGUAUAAAUAGUUACAUUUUUGGCAUCGAAUUAUCAUUCAGUUCACGGUGCUCGACAGGACAACGUACUAAGGAAAUAAAAUCUUUUUACGCAGAAACUAAACAACAGAAGACAUGGCAUUUAAAUUUAUAACGCUUGUUUCUCUUAUUGCUGCGGUUAAUGCUGGGUUGUUGCCAACUGCAGUUGUGCAAUCUCCAAUUCUUCAGCGUCUGGAUCAACCAAUUUUGACGAAACAAUUGGAAGCGUACGAUCCAAAUCCACAAUAUUCUUUCUCAUACAACGUUCAAGACAGCUACACUGGUGAUGUCAAAAAUCAAAAGGAAACCCGAUCGGGAGAUAAUGUUCAAGGCCAAUACUCGUUAAUCGAUGCUGAUGGAUUCAAACGUACUGUUGACUACUCUGCUGAUUCAAUAAAUGGAUUUAAUGCCGUUGUUGUUCGAGAACCAUUGAAGGGAGCGAUUGUGCAGCCAGCAUUGAAAUCAAUUGUUUCCCAACCAACACUUAAAUCGUAUGUAGCACAGCCAGCGUAUGCAGCUCCAGCAACAUUUGUAUCCAAACCAGCUUUUGUGGCACAGUCAAGUUAUAUUCAACCAAUUCUUAAAUCGUACGCACAACCAGAUUAUGGAGCUCCAGCAGCAGUUAUAUCACAACCAGCUGUUGUUGCACAGUCAAAUUACAUUCAGCCCGCUUAUAGAUCAGUAUCAAUUGCAUAUCCUCAACCAGCUAUAUCAGUCGUUAAGCCAGCACUUUUAAAUGCACCAACAAUUGCAUAUCCUCAGUUAUAUUGAAAACAUGCGCUCAUUGUCAAAAAUAUUUUAUCGAUUCAAAUAUAUGGACCUCUGAAA